CUAACACAGCUCUGCCAACAGUUAGACAGAUUAUGGGCAGACAAUAAAGGCUGUGUUGUGAUGUUUACAUGGGCGCAAUUUCUCAAAGAUGAAAGUCUAAACCUCUUAGGCUUUACGGGCACAUUAGACUUGGACAACAUAAAACCUAUCCGUCAGUCAGCUGGAGCUGCAAAUAACUGCGGACUUGUGGCAGCAAAUGAUGGGCAGGGAGACACGUGUGGUGCUAUUUCUGAUGGAGAAAAGAAAUGUGAUAGUGUGAGUGAUAGUGGUAGUGUUGGUAAUGGUGCUGAUGAUGGAGCUUCAAGUUUGACACUGUCAAGACAAAACAGUCAGAACUAUGACUGCCGAACUAUUCAAGACAUUGCUCCUAAAACGAACAUGCUGAGACUUCUGAGAGAUUAUGAUGAAGAAAUGAGAAGGAAAGUCUUUGACACCAAAAAUUUUGAGUGUAAAGUCUGCUUUAUGGACAAACUAGGUGCGAAUUGCUUAGAAUUCUGGCCAUGCCGACAUGUUUACUGCAAAGAUUGCAUGGCGUCAUACUUUGCUGUGCAGAUCAGUGAAGGAAAUAUCAAGUAUCUAAUGUGUCCAGAGAACAAGUGUGAAUCUGAGGCCAACCCCAAACAGGUCCAGGAGUUAGUGCCUGAAGACAUGUAUCAGCGAUGGGAUGAAAUGUUGCUCAACUCUACUCUUUCCUCCCUGGGAGAUAUACAGCCCUGUCCACGUUACCAUUGUCAAUAUCCUGUCACCAUUGAAGAUGGCCAGGGACAGUGUCCCUCAUGUAAAUUUGUCUUCUGCGGUAUUUGCCGGUUUGGGUGGCAUGGCGUUGACCCUUGCCGCUUAAAGCACAGUGAAUCAAGAAGGAUAAUGGAAACGUACAUUAAUGGUGAUGAAUCUGAGAGAGGAGCCUUGGAGGAGCAAUAUGGCAAGAAGUAUUUAAGCAUGUUGAGGGAUGAAUACCUCUCCAUGAAUUACCUGGAUGAGAAUUCCAAACAGUGUCCUAGAUGCCGUGCUAAAAUAGAGAAGAUAGAUGGCUGUAACAAGAUGACAUGUCUGGAAUGCGGUGUCAACUUCUGUUGGCUGUGCAUGAGCAUACUUGAUGCUCUUAAGGCAUAUGAUCACUAUAUGGAUGCACGCUCACCUUGUAAUAAUUAUCUUCAUCUUUGAUGAAUUAAAAUAGUUUUCUAUGGUUGCUAGGGUUCAGUGACUUCUCAGAUAUCUAUAUUACCAUGCACACAAUGACAAGAAUGUUAACUGGAUAAGAUAAAUUAAGGUUGCAAGGAAAGCUGUAUAUUCUUCAGGAAUGGUUAGAUAAACAAAGUGAAGCCGAGAGAAUGCAAAGAGCAUCAAGACUGGUGACCAAGCUGAGAGGAAUGAACUAUGGGGAAAAAUACUGGAAAUACUGGUUGGCUUUAUCUCAUUGGAGGGAAGAGCACGGGAAUAUGAUAAUAACACACACAAUACUUAUGGGCAUAGACAAAGUAGACAAGAAAAAACUUUACUAGGGGAUAAAGGAAGAAUUAGAGGGCAUGGUUAAAGACUGCACACCCAGGUGAGCCACGGGUAUAGUAGCCUUUAAAAUGUGCACAGGUUAGAACCAUACCCACCCUGUUGCAGGCAGUUUUUUAAUUAAUUACUGUUUUUCCAGUAUUGUAGAGAAAGCUUCCUAUCACCGGCUGCCUUUGUUAUAUUAGCAUAUCAGCAUAUCAGUAAUACCUUAAGAGAGGAGGUGGAGGCAUCUCAUUUUCCUGCUGACUUUGGCUUCAGCUUGAACCAAAGUGUGUAGUGUCAUUCUCUCUCUUCCACUAAACACCACAUUAUUGGCCCCUUGUGUAUGUAUCAUACAAAUUUAAAACUGUACAGAGAAUUUAAACAUGUUUUAAAGACUUGUAUUACAGUAGAAAUCUGUGCUCUCACUGUUGCUAGGAGCCAAAGCCAUAGACAAGACCUAUCCAGAUCUCAGACACUGCCUCACACACCAUUUUAUUAGUAAUAUUUUAUUUUUCUUGGUUAUUAAUUUUGCAAAUGCAUCAGACUUUUGCAUGUGUUUGUUUGGUAUAAGUGUGGCAAGUUCAUAUAUAUUUGGUAUAGUUUGGUAAGAAAAUGUGGAUUUUAUUUUUAUCAAUGUUGACAUCUCAAUAUGAUGCCUCCGACACCUUACUUGCCUCAAUAGACUUACAGUAAACCUCAUACAUGUCAGAUGUGCAUUUUUACUGCUGAAUUGUAUGCCAUUCUUGCAGCACUUAUUCGUAUCGCAUCUAUGCCUGUGUCAUCAUUUGUGGUUGUCUCAGACUCCCUUAGUGCUCUACAGGCUAUACAGAAAUUUGAUACACCUCAACCCCUAGUUCUCUGUAUCCAAGUUUGGCUACGCCGUAUCUCUACCAGGCAUAAAGAUAUUGUUUUUUGCUGGGUCCCUGGUCAUGUUGACGUACAGGGCAAUGAACAGGCAGACACUGCUGCGUGGUCGGCAGUACAUGACCUACCAAUUUCAUAUAGAGGUGUUUCAUUUCUGGACUAUUUUGCUGUAAUAGCUACCCACCUUCACACCCAUUGGCAACAACGUUGGUCAACUCUGCUCAGUAACAAACUUCAUUCUAUUAAACCAAGCAUAGGUUACUGGCCGUCUUCUUGUCAUCAGUGCUGAGGUCGGGAGACUACUCUCUCCCGCCUUCGCAUUGGCCACACUUGUCUUACUCAUGGGUAUCUCAUGGAGAGGCACCCUGUUCCUCUCUGUGAGCAGUGUCAAGUUCCACUAUCGAUUAGCCACAUUUUGUUAGACUGCCCUCUCUAUCAACAAGGACACAGAAUUUACCUCCAACGUUGUCUCCGCUCUACUACUCUCUCUUUACCUUCCCUUCUUGCUGAUGGACCCUCCUUUAAUCCUGACUCUCUCAUUGACUUCUUGACAACGACUGAUUUACUCCACAAACUCUGAUGAUGAUACCUUUCGCACUCCCCUCAGCCCUUUCUACCUCAAUCUCUUGCUUCCCUCUACCCUUUCACCAUCCACUGCCCUGCUGUUCUCCGUAACCUAUUACUCAUCCAUCUCCCUUUUGCCACCUGAUACCCUUGCUUCCUUUCUGCCCUGCAGCGCUAUAUAGCCCUUGUUGUUUAGCGCUUCUUUUUUAUUAUAAUAAUAAUUUAAGCUAUGAGUGACAGAAUGUGAGGUGAGAUUCACUAUUUUUUUUUUUAUUAUCACACUGGCUGAUUCCCACCAAGGCAGGGUGGCCCGAAAAAGAAAAACUUUCACCAUCAUUCACUCCAUCACUGUCUUGCCAGAAGGAUGCUUCACACUACAGUUUCUAAACUGCAGCAUUAACACCCCUCCCCCAGAGUGCAGGCACUGUACUUCCCAUCUCCAGGACUCAAGUCCGGCCUGCUGGUUUCCCUGAACCCCUUCAUAAAUGUUACUUUGCUCACACUCCAACAGCACGUCAAGUAUUAAAAACCAUUUGUCUCCAUUCACUCCUAUCAAACACGCUCACGCAUGCCUGCUGGAAGUCCAAGCCCCUCGCACACGAAACCUCCUUUACCCCCUCCCUCCAACCUUUUCUAGGCCGACCCCUACCCCGCCUUCCUUCCACUACAGACUGAUACACUCUUGAAGUCAUUCUGUUUCGCUCCAUUCUCUCUACAUGUCCAAACCACCUCAACAACCCUUCCUCAGCCCUCUGGACAACAGUUUUGGUAAUCCCGCACCUCCUCCUAACUUCCAAACUACGAAUUCUCUGCAUUAUAUUCACACCACACAUUGCCCUCAGACAUGACAUCUCCACUGCCUCCAGCCUUCUCCUCGCUGCAACAUUCAUCACCCAUGCUUCACACCCAUAUAAGAGCGUUGGUAAAACUAUGCUCUCAUACAUUCCCUCUUUGCCUCCAAGGACAAAGUUCUUUGUCUCCACAGACUCCUAAGUGCACCACUCACCCUUUUCCCCUCAUCAAUUCUAUGAUUCACCUCAUCUUUCAUAGAACCAUCCGCUGACACGUCCACUCCCAAAUAUCUGAAUACAUUCACCUCCUCCAUACUCUCUCCCUCCAAUCUGAUAUCCAAUCUUUCAUCACCUAAUCUUUUUGUUAUCCUCAUAACCUUACUCUUUCCUGUAUUCACUUUUAAUUUUCUUCUUUUGCAUACCCUACCAAAUUCAUCCACCAAUCUCUGCAACUUCUCUUCAGAAUCUCCCAAGAGCACAGUGUCAUCAGCAAAGAGCAACUGUGACAACUCCCACUUUAUGUGCUAUUCUUUAUCUUUUAACUCCACGCCUCUUGCCAAGACCCUCGCAUUUACUUCUCUUACAACCCCAUCUAUAAAUAUAUUAAACAACCACGGUGACAUCACACAUCCUUGUCUAAGGCCUACUUUUACUGGGAAAUAAUUUCCCUCUUUCCUACAUACUCUAACUUGAGCCUCAUUAUCCUCGUAAAAACUCUUCACUGCUUUCAGUAACCUACCUCCUACACCAUACACCUGCAACAUCUGCCACAUUGCCCCCCUAUCCACCCUGUCAUACGCCUUUUCCAAAUCCAUAAAUGCCACAAAGACCUCUUUAGCCUUAUCUAAAUACUGUUCACUUAUUAUGUUUCACUGUAAACACCUGGUCCACACACCCCCUACCUUUCCUAAAGCCUCCUUGUUCAUCUGCUAUCCUAUUCUCCAUCUUACUCUUAAUUUUUUCAAUAAUAACUCUACCAUACACUUUACCAGAUAUACUCAACAGACUUAUCCCCCUAUAAUUUUUGCACUCUCUUUUGUCCCUUUGCCUUUAUACAAAGGAACUAUGCAUGCACUCUGCCAAUCCCUAGGUACCUUACCUUCUUCCAUACAUUUAUUAAAUAAUUGCACCAACCACUCCAAAACUAUAUCCCUACCUGCUUUUAACAUUUCUAUUUUUAUCCCAUCAAUCCCGGCUGCCUUACCCCCUUUCAUUUUACCUACUGCCUCACGAACUUCCCCCACACUCACAACUGGCUCUUCCUCACUCCUACAAGAUGUUAUUCCUCCUUGCUCUAUACACGAAAUCACAGCUUCCCUGUCUUCAUCAACAUUUAACAAUUCCUCGAAAUAUUCCCUCUAUCUUCCCAAUACCUCUAACUCUCCAUUUAAUAACUCUCCUCUCCUAUAAUUUAACUGACAAAUCCAUUUUUUCUCUAGGCUUCCUUAACUUGUUAAUCUCACUCCAAAACUUUUUCUUAUUUUCAACAAAAUUUGUUGAUAACAUCUCACCCACUCUCUCAUUGCUGUCUUUUUACAUUGCUUCACCACUCUCUUAACCUCUCUCUUUUUCUCCAUAUACUCUUCCCUCCUUGCAUCACUUCUACUUUGUAAAAACUUCUCAUAUGCUAACUUUUUCUCCCUUACUACUCUCUUUACAUCAUCAUUCCACCAAUCGCUCCUCUUCCCUCCCGCACCCACCUUCCUGUAACCACAAACUUCUGCUGAACACUCCAACACUACAUUUUUAAACCUACCCCAUACCUCUUCGACCCCAUUGCCUAUGCUCUCAUUAGCCCAUCUAUCCUCCAAUAGCUGUUUAUAUCUUACCCUAACUGCCUCCUCUUUUAGUUUAUAAACCUUCACCUCUCUCUUCCCUGAUGCUUCUAUUCUCCUUGUAUCCCAUCUACCAUUUACUCUCAGUGUAGCUACAACUAGAAAGUGAUCUGAUAUAUCUGUGGCCCCUUUAUAAACAUAUACACCCUGAAGUCUACUCAACAGUCUUUUAUCUACCAAUACAUAAUCCAACAAACUACUGUCAUUUCGCCCUACAUCAUAUCUUGUAUACUUAUUUAUCCUCUUUUUCUUAAAAUAUGUAUUACCUAUAACUAAACCCCUUUCUAUACAAAGUUCAAUCAAAGGGCUCCCAUUUUCAUUUACACCUGGCACCCCAAACUUACCUACCACACCCUCUCUAAAAGUUUCUCCUACUUUAGCAUUCAGGUCCCCUACCACAAUUACUCUUUCACCUGGUUCAAAGGCUCCUAUACAUUCACUUAACAUCUCCCAAAAUCUCUCUCUCUCUCACUCUACAUUCCUCUCUUCUCCAGGUGCAUACACGCUUAUUAUGACCCACUUUUCGCAUCCAACCUUUACUUUAAUCCACAUUAUUCUUGAAUUUACACAUUCAUAUUCUCUUUUCUCCUUCCAUAACUGAUCCUUCAACAUUACUGCUACCCCUUCCUUUGCUCUAACUCUCUCAGAUACUCCAGAUUUAAUUCCAUUUAUUUCCCCCCACCGCUUUGUUUCACUUAGGGCCAGGACAUCCAACUUCUUUUCAUUCAUAACAUCAGCAAUCAUCUGUUUCUUGUCAUCCGCACUACAUCCACGCACAUUCAAGCAUCCCAGUUUUAUAAAGUUUUUCUUCUUCUCUUUUUUAGUAAAUGUCUACAGGAGAAGGGGUUACUAGCCCAUUGCUCCCGGCAUGGCUUACAGAGGAAAGAUUCUUUUCCACUUCCCCAUGGACAAUAGAAGAAAUAAAGAAGAACAAGAGCUAUUUAGAAAAAGGAGAAAAACCUAGAUGUAUGUACUCACCUAGUUGUACUCACCUAGUUGAGGUUGCGGGGGUCGAGUCCGAGCUCCUGGCCCCGCCUCUUCACUGAUCGCUACUAGGUCACUCUCCCUGAGCCGUGAGCUUUAUCAUACCUCUGCUUAAAGCUAUGUAUGGAUCCUGCCUCCACUACAUCGCUUCCCAAACUAUUCCACUUACUGACUACUCUGUGGCUGAAGAAAUACUUCCUAACAUCCCUGUGAUUCAUCUGUGUCUUUAGCUUCCAACUGUGUCCCCUUGUUACUGUGUCCAAUCUCUGGAACAUCCUGUCUUUGUCCACCUUGUCAAUUCCUCUCAGUAUUUUGUAUGUUGUUAUCAUGU